AUGGGGAAGAUCACCUUCUACGAGGACCGGGGCUUCCAGGGCCGCCACUACGAGUGCAGCAGCGACCACUCCAACCUGCAGCCCUACUUCAGCCGCUGCAACUCCAUCCGAGUGGACAGCGGCUGCUGGAUGAUCUAUGAGCAGCCCAACUACCUGGGCUGCCAGUACUUCCUGCGGCGCGGCGACUACCCCGACUACCAGCAGUGGAUGGGCCUCAGCGACUCGGUCCGCUCCUGCCGCCUCAUCCCCCACACCAGCUCCCACCGUCUGAGGAUCUACGAGCGAGAGGACUACCGAGGCCAGACAGUGGAGAUCACAGAGGACUGCUCCUCGCUCUAUGACCGCUUCCACUUCAAUGAGAUCCACUCCCUUCACGUGCUGGAGGGCUGGUGGGUCCUCUACGAGAUGCCCAACUACCGGGGGCGGCAGUACCUGCUGAGGCCGGGGGACUACAGGCGCCACCACGACUGGGGGGCUCUGGAUGCCAGAGUGGGCUCCUUGAGGAGAGCCGUGGAUGUCUAUUGA